AUGGGAUAUCCAAUUGUGUGGCAAAUAGAAGAUAUUUUCUAUCCUCUUAUUUCAGCCAUUGGUGUUCCUGUUAACUUGGUGGCCAUAAUAAUCCUGUCCCGAGGAAAGUGUGGACUCUCCAAGUGCAUCACUCAUUACUUGAUUGGAAUGGCAGUGGCUGAUCUCCUCGUCGUUGUCUUUGAUGCCAUAUUGUGGAUCACUGUUCCGAUUUAUUUACCAAAUUCAUUCGUGAAACUUACUCCCAUGUGCAGUCUUUUUUCUGCCUUGGGGUCAGCAGCCACAGUGAUUUCUGUCUGGCUCACAGUCACGUUCACUUUUGACCGUUUUGUGGCCAUUUGCUAUGAGAGAUUGAAAACAAAAUUUUGCACCGAGAGAACUGCAGCAGCAUUUAUAGGGACCGUGACCGUGCUGGGCUGCUUGGAGUCUCUACCCUGGUACUUUAUAUAUGAACCACGGUACAUCAUUAAUAAUCUUCCAUGGGGUUGCAUCCAGAAAUCGAGUUAUUUCAGUUCCCCUGCAUGGGCUGCAUUUCAAAUGAUUAACUACAUUUUAACCCCUUGUGUGCCGUUCUUUCUGAUCUUGCUGUUCAAUGUGCUGACAGUCAGGCGUAUUUUAGUGAGCAGUCAAAUCCGUAGGGGUCUCCGUGGCCAAAGAAGUGAAGAGAAACACAAGGAUGUGGAGAUGGAAAACCGGUGGAAAUGCAUCAUUUUGCUUUUCAGUAUAUCAGGCAGUUUUGUGCUGUUGUGGGUGACCAAAGUUGUGUAUAAUAUUUAUUCACGUAUUAGAGAUAUCAAACUUUAUGCAUCCUACACAGACCCUUGCUUUAUCACAGAUCGCGCAGCAAAGAUGCUGCAAGUGCUCAGCUCCUGCACCAACACGUGUAUUUAUGUUGUGAGCCAGGCUGAAUUCAGGAAAGAGCUGAAGAAUGCAAUGACGUACCCCUUCAAGCAAUUCAUUAAAUUAUGGAACUGGGGCUCCCACACAAGGCUGUCAGGCAAGGAGUUGCAGGAUUCUGUUCCAUCAAUACUGAAGAAUCGAAUUCCUGAAGAUGUCUACACACUUCCUGCGUCACAGCUGCACAGACUAAAUGUUGAUGUUGAGGAUGAUGAUGAUAUGGACUUCUCCCUUGAUAUCACAAAGACCAAAACACACCAGAGACAAAACAGUGAACAGACAGCAGCUGGAGCUACUAUCAUGGAAGUCAAGACAGGUAACCUUGAGAAUGGAGUUGCUGGAGUUUCCCCAACUGUUUCAUCUCUGUGGAGUGAGGCAAAGCCCAUGCUGCCAUACCUGCUGAGAUGUCUCGAACAAUUCCUGUUGGAGUCUAACGAUGGUAGAUCUCGUACCCAGCAUGCUGCCCGGUGCAGAAACCGUCCUAUCAUUUUCACCAUGCAGCUGGAUGUGCGCAUGCGCGCUGGGGCGGCGGUCCAGAGCAUGCGCAAUGUCAUUUCGAUCCCAGCCGCCUGGGGAAGAACUUUGGCCAACAUCCAGACUGGAGAGACGCAAGGCACCAUGGAGACGCCCUGA